AUGUGGAGCUUUGCGUCGAAUGUCAUCGGGGGUAUGGGGCUAAAGAAGUCCUCUCAAGCCUCUUCCCAAUGUUCAGACGACGAGGUUUCAAAUGUUAGCAGAGAUGAAGAAGGUUUAGAAUGUCCUAUUUGUUGGGAAUCUUUCAACAUUGUUGAGAAUGUUCCUUAUGUGUUAUGGUGUGGUCAUACUCUUUGCCAGAAUUGUGUAUUUGGCCUCCAAUGUGCUGUCUUGAAACUCUCAAGCCAAGAUAUCAAGAUUCCGUUCUUCGUUUCGUGUCCGUGGUGUCAGUUGCUUUCAUUCAGGAUUGUAUAUAAGGGCAAUCUAAAGUUCCCUCGGAAAAAUUUCUUCCUUCUCUGGAUGGUUGAGAGUCUGAAUGGUGACAGGAGAAGCCAUGGUUCUUUGGUCAGCGAUAAUCAGCAAUCGGUUUUUUCUCCUAGGUGUAGCAUGCCUCUGGGAAACCACUGCAGCAACAGCAAUUUGAUUGUAAGGCCCGUUGUGCGUAACCAGUCUCCAGAAAUUUUGCCACAUCAUGAUGACCAUAGUAGCCAACCAAGCAGACAGCACUUCUCUUUUCACAAGUCUCUUGAUUUCUUCAUCUCUUUCACCUCCAAGUUUCCGUUUGUGAUAGUUUUCCUUCUGAUCGUGUUUUUUGCUAUACCCGGUAGCCUCAUCAUUCUUACCCUUUACUUCCUCCUCACAAUCCUUUUAGCAAUCCCAUCUGGUGUGGUGCUAUAUUUUGCGUACCCUAUUCUGGAGAGGUUGGUAAAUGAAAUAACUUCAUGA